UACUAUCUCGGGCCGGGACUUGGACCGACGGACAAUAGUGGAGUUUUCCGGCCAGUGCUCGAUGGCGGAUCGAGAAUUUGGUGGAUUGAGUGCAGGUGGUAUUGCCCGUAUGGUGGGUAGGUAUUGGGUGUUUACGGUUACGCGAGGGUUGACUGGUAGCUAAAUGCAGGCAGCCAAGCCUUCCAUGG